AUGCCCCUCCGCCGAACUCACAACCUCAUCUUCGGAUUGCAGUACCAAUCGUGGAUUCACAUGUUCACCUCGUCCCCGCCAUACAUUCUCCCACGCUGGCCUCGUACGAUGGCCCUAACGGGCGGCCCGGGUAUCCUGGAACGGUAUAUGGGGAAGGUCAGAGCACGGGCGAAAACCGAACAUGUAUGGCGGAAGAUACGUGGGGUCAGGUAUCUUGUUCAAGAUAAACCAGCGGGAGUAAUGCUGCAACCGCCAUUUCUGCAAGGGGUGCGAUGGAUCGGGAAGCAGGGUUAUACCUUUGAUUUGGGAGUCGAUGCGAGAAAAGGUGGUUUGCAUCAGCUGCACGAAGCAGUGGAGAUGAUGCGGCAGGUAUACGACGGGCUGGAUGACCCGACGCAUGCUGUUGCGAAUGGCAUUAGUAGCGUUGCCCUUGAAACCCCACGCACCAUAUGUGCAAACCAAAUCUCCACUUGCCAGCAGAAGCCGCGCUUACCCAUCCAGAAUUUCUGGGAUUUGGUUACUCAAAUGGCUCGCGCGAGUGAGAAGACCUAUAUGAAGCUAUCCGGGCUUUUCUCGGAGCUGCCGCCACUGUCUCCAGACGUUGAUCUCGACAUCCCUGCAUUGAUAGCCCGCCUUAGUCCAUGGACUAAUGUUAUCUUCGAUGUGUUCGGACCUGACCGGAUAAUGUUUGGGUCCGAUUGGCCUGUUUGCAAUAUUGGAGGGGGAGGAAACACUGUGGCCUGGGGUCGCUGGCAAGCUGUCGUAGAAGCUCUGUUGGCCAGGAGAGGAUUAUCGGAGGAGCAAAGGCAAGCAGUCUGGGGCCAAACAGCAGUAAGAGCCUAUGGUAUUGAGUUUGAGAAUGAACGAGUUCCAUUGAAAUGCGAUGCCAUUACUGCGGAAUGUUGA